AGGUAACAUGGGAGAAUGGACCACCAGAGGCUCUCCUGGCCCGGGAUAGCUCUUGGGUUCGACUUAAAUGACCCAUUUUUUCAACCAAGAAACAAAAGUAGAUUAAAAUUCAAUAAAACGCGUACUCAGUUUCUGUAUCACUCGGUCACAGUCAGCGACCGAGCUUCUUCUUCCACUUCUUCUUCUACUACUGCUGCUGCUACUACCAGUACUAGGGUUUCAAAACUCUUUUUUACAAUUGUGUUUGAUCUGUGUAUUGCAGCUAUAACAAUGUCAAACUUCUCUAAUCAGAUCAGAGCCUCUGCUUCUCUGAUUAAACGCCUCAAAGAUAGGUUGGCGAAUCCAGCACUUCUGAAUCAGAGUAGAUCUUUCACUACAACCGAGGGCCACCGCCCCACCAUUGUCCACAAGCGAAGCCUUGAUAUUCUUCAUGAUCCUUGGUUCAACAAGGGAACAGCAUUUUCUAUGACGGAACGUGAUCGUCUUGAUCUUCGAGGACUUCUUCCUCCAAAUAUUAUGUCUUCUGAGCAGCAAAUUGAACGCUUCAUGGCUGACUUGAAGAGGCUUGAAGUUCAUGCAAGAGAUGGACCUUCUGAUCCAAAUGCCUUGGCUAAGUGGCGCAUACUUAAUCGCUUGCAUGACCGAAAUGAAACUAUGUACUACAAGGUUCUGAUUGCCAAUAUUGAGGAAUAUGCACCCAUAGUAUAUACUCCAACUGUAGGUCUCGUUUGCCAAAAUUACAGUGGUUUAUUCAGAAGGCCAAGGGGGAUGUAUUUCAGCGCUGCUGAUCGUGGAGAAAUGAUGUCCAUGGUUUAUAACUGGCCAGCUGAGCAGGUUGAUAUGAUUGUUGUUACGGAUGGAAGCAGGAUAUUGGGCCUUGGAGAUCUUGGAGUCCAGGGAAUUGGAAUUGCAAUUGGGAAGCUGGAUUUAUAUGUUGCUGCCGCUGGGAUCAAUCCUCAAAGGGUGCUUCCUGUCAUGAUUGAUGUUGGAACCAAUAAUGAGAAGCUGCUCAAGGACCCCUUGUAUUUGGGAUUGCAAGAACACCGCCUUGAUGGUGAUGAGUAUGUAGCAGUCAUUGAUGAAUUCAUGGAGGCAGUGUUUACUCGCUGGCCAAAUGUUAUUGUGCAGUUUGAAGAUUUUCAAAGCAAGUGGGCCUUCAAGUUGUUGCAGCGAUAUAGGAAUACAUACAGAAUGUUCAAUGAUGAUGUCCAGGGUACAGCAGGGGUAGCAAUUGCUGGCCUUUUAGGAGCUGUAAGGGCAAAAGGCAGGCCAAUGAUUGACUUUCCAAAGCAAAAGAUUGUUGUAGCCGGCGCUGGAAGUGCUGGAAUAGGGGUUCUCAAUGAUGCAAGGAAAACAAUGGCCAGGAUGUUGGGAAAUAAUGCAUCUGCUUUUGAAAGUGCACGGAGUCAGUUCUGGGUAGUUGACGCUAAGGGGCUGAUAACAGAGGAGCGUGAAAAUCUUGAUUCAGAAGUCCAGCCAUUUGCAAGGAGGAUCAAAGAAGCUAAUCGUCAAGGAUUAAGGGAAGGUGCAAGUCUUGUAGAAGUGGUGCGCGAAGUGAAACCUGAUGUGCUCCUUGGAUUAUCUGCAGUUGGAGGGUUGUUCUCAAAGGAGGUGUUAGAGGCCCUCAAAAGUUCAACCUCAACUAGACCAGCAAUCUUUGCCAUGUCAAACCCUACGAAAAAUGCUGAGUGCACUGCUGAAGAAGCAUUUUCCAUUGUGGGCGACAAUAUUAUAUUUGCUAGUGGAAGUCCAUUCAAAGAUGUGGAUCUUGGAAAUGGCCAUGUUGGCCACUGUAACCAAGGAAACAACAUGUACCUAUUUCCGGGUAUUGGACUUGGAACUCUUCUCUCUGGCUCUAGGAUCAUCUCUGAUGGCAUGCUACAGGCUGCAGCUGAAUGCCUAGCUGCAUAUAUGACAGAAGAGGAAGUUCUACAAGGGAUCAUAUUCCCUUCAACAUCUAGGAUACGAGAUAUAACAAAGCAGGUAGCUGCAGCUGUGGUGAAGGAAGCCAUAGAAGAGGAUCUUGCAGAAGGAUACCGUGAGAUGGAUGCACGAGAGCUUCGAAAACUUAAUGAGGAGGAAAUUCUAGAAUAUGUGAAGAACAGCAUGUGGAGUCCGGAUUACCCAACACUGGUCUACAAGAAGGCCUGAGCAGAAGAAUAUGGGGUCAUUUUUUAGUUGUGGGACGCAUUGCUGUAUGGAUUCAUUCCGUUAAAAAGUAUGUAAUAAUUGGGAUUUCAAGUUCCUAUAGACUUUGGAGAUGAGGUAUGUGCCUGUAGAUAUGUGUAUAUUUACAAGUAAAUCAUUUUUAAUUUCAGUGCAUAAUUGAGAUGAUGUUGUAUUAAGUCUUGCCCGUGUCUUGUACUUAAAUAAUUAUUUUUGGUUGGAGGAAUCAAAAUCCUCUUUCUGGCUUUGUUGUU